GUGUGAGACCCAAAAAUAAUAAAUGGACUACAGAAGCUAUAACAACCUUUCAGAUGUAUGCAACUGAGAAAAAACUGCAUGCCAGAGUAAUUUCUGUAAUGAAGAAUGGUGCUGAAGUGGAGCUUAUUGAUAAUUCUAAUAGUAUUCCUAUGAUCGGUGAAAUAUUAAUAAAGAAACACAUGGCUUUUAAAGAAGACGUACUAUUAAAUCCAAAUACAUUACCAGUUACGUCUACCAGCAUGCAGUGGACAAUGCCAGCAUUUUCCAUUGGUGAUACAUUAUCAGCUCUUGUAUUAGAUGUGGUAGAUCCUGGGUUAUUUUAUGUUAUACCAAAAGAAUUGAAAG